AUGGUGCAAUAUAUGAAAACUCUCUCGAAAAGCAAGCUUCCCGACGUGAUUGCUUUGCAAGAACCUUUCGACCGGGCUCAGCUACCAGGCUAUGUGGCAUGUGGCUCUCCGUGUGAAUGCUCGCGGAAGGACAUAAAGGUGUGUACCCUAGUUGAGAGAAGGACGGCCUUUAUCGACCAUUCACUUGAUAUCAGCGAGGAGUCGGACAUAGAGCACAACCUGAUUGAGGUCGUGCUCUGCAUGGGAAACCAGAAGACCGGCCUAUUCGUGCUUAACGUGUACAGCCCCCCUUCAAAAAGAGGCCUUACGCACAAAUUUGGCGCCCUUUUUCACGAAGCGAUGGCGAAGGCCGCCUCCAGUUCCCUCUUAAUCUGCGGAGACUUCAAUGCACCACACACGCAAUGGGGAUAUGGAGCCGACUCGCCCAAAGGGAAGAGGCUAGCCGAACUGAUGGACGAGCUUGGCUUGGUUCUACUCAAUGAACCGGCAUCGCACACCCGGAUUGGACAGGGCGCGUGCCGCGACACGUCCUCUGAUCUUUCCAUUUGGUCAGACACGGGCGCGAUCACCUGGUCGAACACCUUUGAGGAUCUGGGGAGCGACCACAGAGUCCUGUGCAUGACAAUGGGAAAGGAUAGAGACAAAAUGGACGGCUGCCAAAAAUCUAGAGUCGUGGACUGGGAGAAGUUUCGAGAGCAAAGAGAACGAGAGAAGCAGGAAGGGCCGAUCGAGGAUAUCGGGGAAUAG